AUGGCAUCCGAAGCACGCCUCUACACCUUCUCCNCCGAAACCAAAACCGCACUGCGCAAGUUCCGUCUAGGGACCUCGAGGGCAAAGGACCCACAAGCCGUAAUCUACCAAAUCGACAAANAGACUCUAGAAAUCUCAAAGGCCGACGAUGAAGUCUACACUGAUCUGAGCCUGCUGGGCGAGGAGCUGCCCGACCACUCGCCCAGAUUCAUCUUGCUCAGUUAUCCCUUGACAAUGGUAUGCUUGCUCCUCUCCUCCAACUUCUCUUUCUCGGUCCUCUUCCGAAUGGUCAGAGGUGGUGAGUGUUUGCUGACUUCGAGACACAACAGGNCAUCCGGUCGUCUAUCCGUCCCCUACGUCAUGCUAUACUACCUCCCCGUCACCUGCAACAGCGAGCUCAAGAUGGUCUAUGCCGGCGCAAAGGAGUUGAUGCGCAACCAGGCAGAGGUGGGUCGCAUCAUCGAGAUCGACAGCGUUGAAGAGCUAGAGGAGAUUGAGGACCAACUCAGAGGAGAAGAGUAG